UUAGUUGAAGGGACAGGUAUGUUUGUGUAGGUAACCGUAUCGGCAUGUCUUCACAAUGGCGGUCACACGACCAUAAAGGACCAAUCACGUAUCAUGUCCAAAGUCUUGUGUCCCAAAUUAGACGACACACAAUCUAGGGGGUUUACGCCAGUUCCUCUUCCACUGCCGCCCAUCUUAGUCCUUGAGAUGGGAGUAAAGCAGUGGCAGGACUCCUAUUAUCAAGGGUUAUCGGUGCUUACAACUGGAUAUCGGCCGAACUUUGAACAAAAUGCGUCGUGGAGGCGUCGCUUGCAGUUCGGGAGGACUGGCUAAGACAUGCGUCGUUGUUUUCCUACUCUCUGCGGUUGGGAAACUUGAUGCAAGUCUGCUGGUGACCAACGGAACUCAUAUCAUCGAUUAUGACAUUUCGACGAACCGACAGACAGUGUUACCUGUGUCGGAACCCGGUGGUAUCGUCGCUCUUGCCGUUGACGUUGGCGGACAGCGUCUGUACUACACAAACGCCGAAACAGGCGGGAUAGUUCGAUGUGGGCUCGACGGUUCUAACCAGCACGCCGUCGUGAACACAGACGUGACCCAGCCCACCGGUAUCGCUUAUGACUGGGUGUCAGGGCUGGUGUACUGGACUGAUGAAGGGCGGGGUACAGUGGAGGUUGCCCAGGGCGACGGCUCCAACAGGAAGACCCUCAUCUCGGGACAACUGUUCCCCAGAGGGAUUGCCGUGGACCCUAUCUCUGGAUACCUGUUCUGGGGGAACCAAGGGGACUUCACCAUCAGGCGAGCACGGCUAGACGGCUCCGAUGUUGAGACCCUACACAACACGGGGCUGGUCUGGCCUAACGAACUGGUUGUGGACUUUCCGAACAGUCGCCUGUACUGGAUUGAAGGCUACUUCGGUUACAUCGGGUCCAGUGCCUUGGAUGGGACAGACCGGACGAUUGUCGCUAACGUCUCCUCUGGCUACGUGCUGUUUGGACUGGCCCUGCAGGAUGACACACUGUACUACACAUCCUGGGAGGGCAAGCUUUUCUCUGUGGACCAGAACUCUGGAGAACAGAGUGAGGUCAUGGAGGCAGAGGGAGAACAGCUGCUUGGGCUUGUGUCUGUGCAUCCUAGCAGGCAGCCAGCAGGGAGUAACCCAUGCCAGACUGACAAUGGGGACUGCAGCCAUCUGUGUCUUCCUACUGCUCCUGACUCUAGGAUCUGUACGUGUCCAGAUGAUGGGGGACUGGCCAUCGGGAAGGACAACAAGACUUGUGAAGAGCCAGGCCAGUUCCUGCUGUAUGCUAAGGCAGAUGAAGGACAGAUCAUGAUGUUGACCGUGGACCUGAGCAUGGCGGCCAGGCCUGUCCUGUUGGACCAGGGUGUGCGACCGGUGGCUGUGGCCUAUGAUCCCAUAGAACAGAGAGUGUACUGGAGUGAUGUGGUCACCCACACUAUCAACAGGGUCUUCCUGAAUGGAACAGGCUCUGAGGCCUUCAUGGAUGGCACAAAUGGGAUCGCAUCAGUAGAAGGCCUGGCUGUUGACUGGCAGAAUCGGCGGCUGUAUUUCUCCAACCUGGGUCUGCACUACACAGGUGUGAGCUGGGGGAGGGUGGAGAUGGUCGGACUGGACAGGACUGGACACAGACGACUGCUGGAGGGACGUGUAGGGAAGCCGAGAUCCAUAGUACUGGACAUGCAGGCCAGACACAUGUACAUCACAGAUUGGGGUGAAGAACCCAAAAUUCUGAGAGCUGACCUGGAUGGCAGAGAUCCCCAGACCAUCAUGUCAUCAGAGAUGGAGAACCCCAAUGGUCUGGCCAUCAGUGAUGGGAAGCUGUACUGGGUGGACUCACAUGUCAAAAGUGGGGUGAACAGCACAGGGACCCUGGAACAGGCUGAACUGGAUGGGACCAACAGGGAACAACUCUUGCAGGAUGUACCGUUUCAUGUCCCAUUUGGCCUGGCUGUGCAGGGCAGCACCGUGUACUGGACAGCCUGGGGACAGGAUGGGACAGGCGCUGUCUUCCAGGGGAACAGUGGAACUGGAGACCACCGUGUGGUGGUUGGGGGACUGGGAGACCCCAUGGCUGUCACUAUCUGUAACAAGUCAUACGCUACUCCUGAGGAGCCCAACCCUUGUGCAGGACAUGACUGUAGCCACAUCUGUGUCCCCACUGCUGGGUCCUACAGAUGUAUGUGCCCCAAUACUGGAGGUCUAGGGCUUGGAAGUGAUGGCAAGUCUUGUGUCGAGCCACAGCAGUUCCUGCUCGUUGCUGAUUUGACAGAGAUCCGCAUGGUUCCGUUGGACACCCCUGACAGGUAUCCCUACCCCAUCAUACAAGUCCACGACCUCUACAGCAACAUCGCAGCAGUCACCUACGACCCUGAGACAAAAAUGGUAUACUUCAGUGACGUGGGAUGUCGGUCCAUCCUGAGGGCCUAUCUGAAUGGGACAGGGCUGCAGGUGGUCCACAGAGACACAGGUGUAUCAGACGGGAUGACCAUUGACCCCAUGGACAGGUACCUGUACUGGACAGAUGGAGAGAGGGGGACCAUUGAGAGGAUGGCACUCAAUGGCAGUGAGGAGGACACUCAUGAAGUGGUGCUACAGGGGCUGGAUAGGCCCAGAGCAAUUGUGGUGAUCUCAGACACUAACUACAUGUACUGGACUGACUGGGGUGAGAGUCCAUCAGUGAAGCGGGCAUCCAUGGAGGUGAAUGCUACAGAUGUACAGAACCUGGUGGAAGGUGACCUGUCCUGGCCAAACGGACUUGUUGUUGACAGCAAUGAGGGCAAACUGUACAUCGGGGAUGGCAACAAUACCAAGAUAGAAGCAGCAUUGUUAGAUGGCUCAGACCGUCAGUUGAUUUUGGAUGAGAGCAGUGGCCAUGUGUACGGGUUGGCUAAGAUUGGGGAUGUCCUGUUGUGGAGUGACUGGGCAGGACAAAGUGUCAAGAUGAUGACUCUAGGCAGUGAUGAAAUACAGGUUCUCACAGAUGGACUCAUGAGGCCAAGUGAAUUACAUUCCUCUAACAUCACAGAUGGCCUUCUGACACCUACAACUCAUGUCUCCACCACUACAACUGCAGCUACAACACUUGCCAUUACAACAACACAAGUGACAACUCCAGUCCCAACUACAGCAGUUACAACACCUGUCAUUACAACAAGAGUAACAACUCCAGUCCCAACUACAACAGUUACAACACCUGUCAUUACAACAGAAGUAACAACUCCAGCCCCAAUUACAACUACAACAACAGCUACAACACCUGUAAUUACAACAGAAGUGACAACUCCAGUCCCGACAACAACAGCUACAACACCUGUAAUUACAACAGAAGUAACAACUCCAGUCCCAACAACAACAGCUACAACACCUGUC